CAUCAAGUGAAGGAUCUCUACUCUGGUGCUUCAUACUAUAACUAAUAUGGAGUAUGCUUCAGUUAUAUAUAUUUUGAAAAUGUAUCAAAAUUAACAGUUACUGUUAUGUAUCAUCACAUUGUUCCAUGGGUAUAACUGCAUCUCCCUGUGUGUCACAUGUGCCGUGGAUUGCUUUUGUGGCGCCGGAGCUGUUAGAAAGAGGAGGGUGAGAUCUAGACAAUAGAGUAUUGCAGGGCUGUUCUUUGUAAUAACACGGACGGAAACCCACGACUGCAAAACGAACAGCGGCGACUAGGAACACCAGAAUAUGGAGGAAAUCGUGCACUGAUUUUUGUAAAAAUCAUCCCCUGGAUAUACUUUGCGUUACCCUUUUUCUGAAAUCAACAGGGGGAAAGAUGAAUUUGGCAGAAGCAGCCGAGGAAGGGCUGAAUGACUCGGACACAGACGCGUUUUUUAAAGCAGGGCCUUUCAGAAACGAUGGGAUUAAAGCAGCUGAUGUCUUACCUGUUCUAAAAGAAAAAGUGGCCUUUGUAUCCGGAGGCCGUGAUAAAAGAGGUGGCUCGAUCCUGACCUUCCCAGCAAGAAGUAACCAUGACAGAAUAAAACAGGAGGAGCUUAGAAGACUGGUAACAUAUUUGGCAAGUGUGCCAAGUGAAGAUGUCUGCAAACGGGGUUUCACUGUAAUUAUCGACAUGCGAGGCUCCAAGUGGGACCUAAUCAAACCUCUCCUGAAAACUCUGCAAGAAGCUUUCCCCGCUGAGAUUCAUGUUGCACUUAUUAUCAAGCCAGACAAUUUUUGGCAGAAACAAAAAACUAACUUUGGCAGUUCAAAGUUUAUAUUUGAGACCAGUAUGGUAUCUGUUGAAGGCCUUACGAAGCUAGUUGACCCAUCCCAGCUGACAGAUGACUUUGACGGCUCCUUGGAGUACAACCACGAUGAAUGGAUUGAGCUCCGAGGGUCCUUGGAAGAGUUCAUCAGCAACGCGGUGCACUUGUUAUCUCGCCUGGAAGAUCUACAGGAAAUUUUGGCCAAGAAGGAGUUUCCUGUGGAUGUUGAAGGGUCAAGGAGACUUAUCGAUGAGCACACGCAGCUCAAGAAAAAGGUGAUCAAGGCCCCGGUGGAGGAAUUGGACCGGGAGGGUCAGAGGUUGCUGCAGUGCAUUCGCUGUAGUGACGGCUUUUCUGGCAGGAACUGCAUACCUGGCAGUGCAGACUUUCAGAGUGUUGUGCCAAAGAUUGCCAGUCUCCUUGACAAACUGCACUCCACCAGACAGCACUUACAUCAGAUGUGGCAUGUCAGGAAACUGAAACUUGAUCAGUGCUUUCAGCUUCGACUUUUUGAACAAGAUGCAGAGAAGAUGUUUGACUGGAUCAGUCACAACAAAGAAUUGUUCCUGAAGGGUCACACAGAGAUUGGGGUCAGCUACCAGCAUGCAGUGGAUUUACAAACCCAGCACAAUCACUUUGCUAUGAACUCUAUGAAUGCGUAUGUCAACAUCAACCGGAUCAUGUCAGUGGCAUCCAGGCUCUCAGAGGCUGGCCACUACGCCUCCCAGCAAAUCCAACAAAUCUCAGCCCAACUGGAUCAGGAGUGGAAAAGCUUUGCUGCUGCCCUGGAUGAACGGAGUACCAUUCUGGCAAUGUCUGCUGUGUUCCACCAAAAGUCUGAACAGUUCCUAUCCGGCGUGGAAGCCUGGUGUAAGAUGUGCAGUGAAGGAGGCCUGCCAAAUGAAAUGCAAGACCUGGAACUUGCGAUCCAUCAUCAUCAGUCAUUGUACGAGCAGGUCACCCAGGCCUAUGCAGAGGUGAGCCAAGAUGGGAAAGCUUUGUUGGAUGUUCUACAGCGUCCUUUGAGUCCUGGGAAUUCUGAAUCACUAACUGCAACAGCCAAUUACUCCAAAGCAGUACACUGUGUCUUAGACGUGGUACAUGAGGUACUGCAUCAUCAGCGAAGACUGGAAAGCAUCUGGCAACACCGCAAGGUUCGCCUGCAUCAGCGUCUUCAGCUCUGCGUUUUCCAGCAAGAUGUUCAACAGGUGAUGGACUGGAUUGAAAACCAUGGGGAAGCCUUUCUCAGCAAACAUACUGGAGUCGGAAAGUCACUUCACAGAGCAAGGGCACUUCAGAAGAGACAUGAUGACUUUGAGGAAGUAGCCCAGAAUACAUACACCAAUGCUGACAAACUGCUGGAAGCUGCAGAGCAGUUGGCUCAGACCGGGGAAUGUGACCCGGAGGAGAUCUACAAAGCUGCACGCCACCUGGAAGUGCGCAUUCAGGACUUUGUCCGAAGGGUUGAGCAGAGGAAACUUCUUCUGGAUAUGUCAGUUUCCUUUCACACUCACACCAAAGAGCUGUGGACAUGGAUGGAAGAUCUCCAAAAAGAACUUAUUGAAGAAGUGUGCUCUGACUCAGUGGAUUCUGUACAGGAUUUGAUCAAGCAGUUCCAACAGCAGCAAACUGCCACGCUAGAGGCAACCCUGAAUGUCAUCAAGGAAGGGGAGGACCUUAUUCAGCAACUGAGGGACUCCGCAAUGUCCAGCAAUAAGAUGCCACACAAUAGCUCCAUCAGCCACAUUGAGAGUGUGCUGCAGCAACUAGAUGAAGCCCAGGGACAGAUGGAAGAGCUUUUCCAUGAGAGGAAGAUCAAGUUAGAUAUUUUCCUCCAGCUUCGUAUUUUCGAGCAGUACACCAUUGAGGUAACGGCAGAGCUAGACGCCUGGAAUGAAGACCUCUUGAGACAGAUCAAUGACUUCAACACAGAGGACCUCACCCUGGCUGAGCAACGUUUCCAAAGGCACACUGAGAGAAAGAUGGCGAUGAGCAACAUGACUUUUGAGGUCAUUCAACAAGGUCAAGACUUGCACCAGUAUAUCAUGGAGGUCCAGGCUUCAGGAAUCGAGCUGACUUGUGACAAGGAUAUGGAUCUGGCAACACAAGUGCAGGAACUGCUGGAGUUUCUUCAUGAGAAACAGCAUGAGCUGGACUUGAAUGCUGAUCAGACCCAGAAGCGUCUAGAGCAGUGUCUUCAGCUGAGACACCUACAAGCUGAGGUCAAACAGGUGUUGGGCUGGAUUCGGAAUGGGGAAUCCAUGCUCAAUGCCAGCCUCGUGAAUGCAAGCUCCCUGUCUGAGGCAGAGCAGCUCCAGAGAGAACAUGAGCAGUUCCAGCUGGCCAUUGAGUCCCUCUUUCAUGCCACCUCUCUCCAGAAAACCCACCAGAGUGCUCUCCAGGUGCAGCAGAAAGCUGAGGUGUUGCUGCAGGCUGGGCACUACGAUCCUGACUCCAUCAGGGGCUGCGCAGAGAAGGUGGCCCUUCACUGGCAGCAGCUCCUGCUCAAGAUGGAGGACCGACUCAAACUGGUCAAUGCAUCAGUGGCUUUCUAUAAGACCUCUGAGCAGGUAUGCAGUGUACUGGAGAGUCUGGAGCAGGAGUACCGGAGGGACGAGGACUGGUGUGGGGGCCAUGAUAAAAUGGGACCCUGCGCUGAGACUGACCAUGUCCUCCCUCUGAUUAGCAAACACCUGGAGCAGAAGGAAGCUUUCCUUAAGGCCUGUACAUUAGCACGAAGGAAUGCAGAGGUAUUCCUGAAAUACAUCCAUAGAAACAACUUCAGCAUGCCUGGAGCAGCAAGUCACACCCGAGGUCCUGAGCACCAAGUAAAAGCAAUUCUGAAUGAGCUCCUGCAGAGAGAGAAUAGGGUGCUGCACUUCUGGACAAUGAAGAAACGCAGACUCGACCAGUGCCAGCAGUUUGUGGUAUUUGAACGAAGCGCUAAACAGGCCUUAGACUGGAUCCAGGAAAAUGGCGAGUAUUACCUUGCCACUCAUACUUCCCCUGGGGAGUCAAGUGAGAGAACACAGGAACUCCUAAAAGAAUAUGGAGAGUUUAGGAUCUCAGCCAAGCAAACUAAGGAGAAGGUGAAGCUACUCAUUCAGUUGGCUGACAGCUUUGUAGAGAAAGGACAUGUUCACGUUAUCGAACUUAAGAAAUGGGUUGCAACUGUGGACAAGCACUACCGAGACUUCUCAUUGAGAAUGGGAAAAUAUCGUUCCACCUUGGAUAAAGCUCUUGGCAUCAAUUCCGAGGAUAAUAAAGACCUGGAGCUGGAUACCAUCCCAGCCAGUCUCACUGACCCUGAAGUCAAACUGCGUGAUGCUAACCAUGAAGUUAAUGAGGAGAAGAGAAAAUCAGCACGGAAGAAAGAGUUCAUUAUGGCUGAACUCCUUCAGACAGAAAAGACAUAUGUCAGGGACUUGCAUGAAUGUUUAGAGACAUAUUUUUGGGAGAUGACGAGUGGGGUGGAAGAAAUUCCACCUGGAAUUAUCAAUAAAGAACACGUCGUCUUUGGGAAUAUUCAAGAGAUAUAUGAAUUUCAUAACAACAUCUUUAUCAAAGAAUUGGAAAAAUACGAGCAACUGCCUGAAGAUGUGGGCCAUUGCUUUGUCACAUGGGCAGACAAAUUCCAUGUGUACGUGACAUACUGCAAAAAUAAGCCUGAUUCUAGCCAACUAAUUCUAGAACAUGCUGGGAGCUUUUUUGAUGAAAUACAGCAAAGACACGGCCUGGCAAACUCUAUCUCCUCUUAUCUAAUUAAACCAGUUCAGAGAAUCACGAAGUAUCAGCUCUUACUGAAGGAACUUUUAACAUGCUGUGAAGAGGGGAAAGGGGAAAUUAAAGACGGCCUGGAGGUGAUGUUAAGCGUGCCUAAAAGAGCGAAUGAUGCCAUGCAUGUCAGUAUGCUUGAAGGGUUCGAUGAAAACCUGGAUGUUCAGGGUGAGCUUAUCCUCCAGGACUCCUUCCAGGUGUGGGAUCCCAAGUCACUCAUUCGGAAAGGACGAGACCGGCACUUGUUUCUCUUUGAGAUAUCGCUGGUGUUUAGCAAAGAAAUAAAGGACUCCUCAGGACGCACCAAAUAUGUAUACAAGAACAAAUUGCGGACUUCUGAACUAGGGCUGACCGAGCACGUGGAAGGAGACCCCUGUAAGUUUGCUUUAUGGGCUGGAAGAACCCCAUCAUCUGACAACAAGACAGUUCUCAAGGCAUCCAAUAUUGAAGCAAAACAGGAGUGGAUUAAAAAUAUCCGUGAAGUUAUUCAAGAGCGAAUGAUUCACCUUAAGGGGGCUUUGAAGGAACCUAUUCACAUGCCCAAGACACCAGCCAAACAAAGGAACAACAGCAAAAGGGAUACCGGAGAGGACGGUGACAGUCAGGGAGAUGGUAGCAGUCAGCCUGACACCAUCUCUAUUGCAUCGAGAACAUCUCAGAAUACAGUGGACAGUGACAAGCUUUCUGGAGGCUGUGAACUGACCGUGGUUCUUCAGGACUUCACUGCAGGGUGCAGCAGUGAAUUGAGCCUCCAGGUGGGACAGACGGUGGAGUUGCUGGAGCGGCUGAGUGACAGGUCUGGCUGGUGCCUCGUGCGGACCACUGAUCGCAGCCCUCCUCAGGAAGGCCUGGUUCCGAGCAGCACUCUCUGCAUAUCCCACUCUCGCAACAGUGUUGAGAUGGAAUGCUUCUUCCCAUCCGGAAAAGAAAGUUAUUCUGUUUCCACUGAAAAUGGAGGGAAGUCUGAGUCUGUGGCAAACCUGCAGCCACAUACUUCACUAAGUUCCAUACCAACAAGUUCCCCAGGCCCCAAACGUUCAGGGAACACACUGAAGAAAUGGCUGACGAGUCCCGUGCGCAGACUCAGCAGCGGCAAAGCUGACAGCACUGUCAAGAAGAUACCCAGCAAGCAUAAAAAGAGAGAGGUCAGGAAGAGCUUCGACUUGGGGUCGCCCAAACCUGGAGAAAAUGAGACCACACCUCAGGAUGACAGUGCAGACGAGAAGGGGAGGAGAGAUGGUAAUUUAUCCAAGUCCUCUUCUGGAAUGCAGAGUGGAGGAGAAGAGGAACCUGAUGAAGAAUCCCAUCCCCCGCUUCCUCCACCAAUGAAAAUCAUAGAGAACGACCCUCAGGAGGAGAUGUCCUCCUCAUUGCUUACUGCUCGUCAGCGCUCUGCUGAAGUCCCCAGUGCUGCGGACCUUGUCAGUGCAAUAGAAAAAUUGGUCAAAAGUAAGCUGGUAAGUGUGGUGCUUAAACAGUGGGGAUAUGGCGGUUCUUUAGGUCCUAAGGAGCAGAAAGCCAAAGCUUUACGAGGAAGAAUGUUUGUGCUUAAUGAGUUGAUACAAACAGAGAAAGACUAUGUCAAAGACCUCGGCAUUGUAGUGGAGGGUUUUAUGAAGACUAUUGAUGAAAAGGGCUUCCCCGAAGAUGUGAAAGGAAAAGACAAAAUUGUUUUUGGAAACAUUCAUCAAAUUUAUGACUGGCACAAAGAUUUUUUCCUGGGUGAACUGGAAAAAUGCCUUCAGGACCAUGAUCGACUGGCUGAGCUGUUCAUAAAGCAUGAGAGGCGAUUGCAUAUGUAUGUGGUGUAUUGCCAAAACAAACCCAGAUCAGAAUGUGUUGUAGCUGAAUAUGAUGCCUACUUUGAGGAAAUAAAACAAGACAUAAACCAGAGGCUGUCAAUCAGUGAUUUUCUUAUAAAACCAAUCCAGAGAAUAACAAAGUAUCAGCUUCUUCUCAAGGACUUCCUAAGGUUUACUGAGAAGGCUGGAAUAGACUGUCUGGAUAUAGAGAAAGCUGUUAACUUAAUGUGCCUCGUUCCUAAACGUUGCAAUGAUAUGAUGAAUCUCGGACGUCUGCAAGGCUUUGAGGGCAAGCUAACUGCACAAGGUAAGCUGCUGCAGCAGGACACUUUCUACGUGGCAGAGCAGGACUCUGGAGUGCUGUCCCGCAGCAAGGAACGCAGGGUCUUUCUCUUUGAACAGAUUGUCAUCUUCAGUGAGCUCCUCAGGAAAGGCUCCUCAAUCCCAGGCUACCAGUUUAAGAAAAGUAUUAAGAUGAGUUACCUGAGUAUGGAUGAGAAUAUUGACAAUGACCCCUGCAAGUUUGCUCUGUAUUGCCGAGGUUCUUCAGAGCGGGUUACACUCCAAGCUGCCAAUCCAGACAUUAAGCAGGCCUGGGUUUAUGAUAUCAGCCAAGUUCUGGACACACAGAGGGAUUUCCUGAAUGCCUUGCAGUCUCCGAUAGAGUAUCAAAAAAAAGAAACAUGUGCCCAUUCAGUAACGAAAUCACAGCCCAGCUGUAGGAUAUCCCAGUCGAAUAACCAUCCCCAUUCCUCAACCCCAGUCGGAGCUGAAAAACCUCCAAAAUACAGCCGGAACCCAUCAAUACCACCUUUAAAGAUAUCUACCUCUAAUGGCAGCCCAGGCUAUGACCACCAUCCAUAUAAAGACAGAAAUGAACAUGGAAAGAAUGAUAUAGCUGGAUGUAAUGGGGCCUCAUCUACUAUGAUGGUGACCCAAGACUACAACGCACUGAAAGAGAAUGAGAUAUGUGUCAUUCAGGGCGAGGUGGUGCAUAUCCUCGCCAUCAACCAGCAAAAUAUGUUCCUGGUGUACCGGCCUGCAAAUAAUAUUUCCCCAGCUGCUGAAGGUUGGGUUCCAGGCUAUAUCCUGGGUCCCAUGAAUAAAACCUUCACAGAAAAUGCUGAAGGAAGCAUCAAGAAGUCUCUUUCUUGGCACACCCUGCGUAUGAGAAAAAGAGCAGAAAAGGACAGCAGUGGCAAAAGUGAAGCAAAGGUAGAAAAUGGAUCUCGUAAACCCAAGGAAAUUCUGAGCCACAAGGUCCCUGUUAAAGAAUCUAACAGUUCUGAGGAGUCAGAUUGUGAUGAACUAGACCCCAAAACUAGCAUGGAGUUACUGAAUCCAAAUUUUAUUCAAGAAGUUGCACCAGAAUUCCUAAUCCCGCUUGCAGAUGUGACGUGUUCUUUUGGUCAGACAGUAGUUCUAUGCUGUAAGAUCUGUGGACGUCCAAAGCCAGACAUAACCUUGAAAGGACCUGACCAAAAUCUGGUUGUUAACAACAUUCGCUUCACUAUAGAUAUCAGGGAAACUGGAGAGAUCUUGCUGAAGAUCUGUAACCUGAUGCCUCAGGACACUGGCAUUUACACCUGUGUGGCAGUAAAUCAAUAUGGAACUGCAUCCUCAUCAGCUUCAAUCAAAGUGCAAGGUGUUCCUACAGCACCAAGCCGACCCGAAGCCCAAGAAAGAAGCUGUUCCUCUGUGAUUCUUCGUUGGUUACCACCAACUAGCACAGGACACAGUGCCAUUUCAAGUUACACUGUGGAAUACAGAGAGGAAGAUUCCCUGCCAUGGCAACAGUGUGUUGUAUCAACCCUGGACACCUUCCUUUUGAUUGAGGACCUAUCCCCAGGAGGACAGUAUCAGUUCAGAGUCAGUGCCAGCAACCCCUGGGGGAUCAGCACCCCAAGUGAGCCAUCAAAUAUUGUAAUGCUCUCCAGCAAUGAUUCUUCGUGUGAUGGAACAGGCAUUCCAUGGAAAGAUAAUUUUGAAUCAGCUUAUAUUGAACUGAGUGAAAUUGGAAGGGGCAGAUUCUCAAUAGUAAAGAAAUGUGUGCACAAGGCUACCAAAAAGGAAGUCGCUGUCAAAUUUGUCAGCAAGAAGAUGAAGAAAAAAGACCACGUGGCACAUGAGGCAGGCAUAACACAACAUCUGCUGCAUCCCCAGUUCCUCAGUCUUUGUGACAUCUAUGAGUCACCCUGCAGCUUUAUAUUGGUUUUAGAACUUGUGGAAGACGGACGGCUUUUUGAUUUCCUGAUAAACCACGAUGAACUCAUGGAGGAAAAAGUGUCUUUUUACAUCAGAGAUACGCUGGAGGCUAUCCAGUAUCUCCACAACUGUAGAGUUGCACAUUUAGAUCUAAAGCCAGAAAAUCUUUUAGUUGAUCUCCACAUUCCAGUGCCUCGUGUCAAGCUGAUUGAUUUUGGCGAUGCCAUUCAGAUUACAAGCCAGUACUACAUUCACCCUCUGCUGGGAAACCCAGAGUUUGCUGCUCCAGAGCUAAUUCAGGGAUCUCCUGUUGCACUGAGCACAGAUAUCUGGAGUCUUGGAGUCCUUGCAUAUGUCAUGCUAAGUGGGGUCUCCCCUUUCUUGGAUGAGAGUGUGGAAGAGACAUGCAUGAACAUCUGCAGACUUGAUUUCAGUUUUCCUGAUGACUAUUUCUGGGGAGUAGGCCAUGCUGCAAAAGAUUUCAUUAAGGCAGUCCUUCAGGUGAACUCUAGAAAGAGACCCACUGCUUCCACGUGCCUACAGCACCCCUGGCUGCACGCUCCCAGCAGUGCUUACUCCAAAAACCCCUUGGAUACCUCUCGACUGGCUUCUUUCACCGAGAGACGCAGACAGCAGAAUGAUGUCCGUCCUGUAACAAACAUUAAGAGCUUCAUGAAUAGCAGUAUGGGCCACACAUUGUAAAAUGUUUUGGAUACGUACAGCAGGGUGCAAGACACUGACAAUAGCAGGUGGAAAGGGGCCUUCUACUGUAGAGUACAUCAUAAAGGUUUAUGACAAACAUGCCUUUUUCAUAAAAUAUAUGCAGUUUGGGUUACUUCUGUGUUUUACUUCAGUCAAUGUGUGUUACCAGAAACACAAAGAGCAGUACACAAGCAGGGCAAAAUCACAAAGGGAUAAACUGUACAAGUUCUGUUUUAAGGUUCAACUCCAGUUUUCUUUUUUUAUUUUGGGGCUAACAUGAAGUGUGUAAAAACGAAUUGUAAUGAAAACAGAAUUGAAACGCAAUACCAGACACAUGAGUCAGCCAGAAUACCUGCACAGUGGUGGUAAACUAAAGGUUCCAUAAUGCACUGAGACUUCUGUACAUACAAAGGCCUGUUUGAUCAGUUUGUGCAAGAGCAGAAGUACGUACAACUCUUUGACAUAAUUUAGCAAGCAAAAGUUGAAUAGCAAUGUUCAUUUUUACACUAUGUACGUAUUUAAUUAUGUACUGUAUUUAUGUAUGUAUUUAUACAUAUGUUUUUUUUUUUUUUUUGUUAUUUGCAGAUAUAAAUAGUCUAACCUUUAGAAAACUGUAAAACUGAUGGUGAUAUCUAUAAACUCUGGAAUGUGCAAAAAUUGAAUUGGCUAUUUGGGUAGAAUGUAAAAUAUGUACGUAUUUGACAGUAUGAGGAAGCAGACAUGACUUAUAUAGUAUAGGGACUGUUACCAAUUACUAAUGCAUAAGCCUAACCUACAGAAGACCUUGAAACAUGCAAUUCCACUGAAGCCUAAUAAAAUCCCUGUACCCUAGGCAUGAUGACAAAGCAUAUGAAAAAAACGAACUGACUUUCUAAAAUGACUUUACAUAAAUCAAAGCUAGAUGUACUGGACUAGCACAAGCAUUGCCCCAAGUGAAUCUCCUUAGAGAUUCAAGAAAAGCUGUUGCAAUUGAACCUACUUUUUUCUAUAGACGUGAGCCAGUGGUAAAGACACUUUACUGUUGGUGAGAGGGAAGGGACAUGGUUUAUUGAGGCUUUAGCAUUUACAACCAAAAGAAAACAACUCCUGUGGUUCCAUGUGGAGGACAAGGUGAUUUGUGCUUGCUUAUUUGGUUGUGGAAUGACUUGCUUAAGCAUUUUUAUACUAAAUCAUCAUCUGUAUGGGAAGCUGUGUGAAACCUGUCUUCUGUAAGCUUCUUUGUACUUACAAUAUAAAAUAUGCUUCAAUGUUUAAAACAAAGCAUAAGCCUUUUAUA